AUGACAAACGAUAUCAAAUCAGCAUCUACAGAAUUCUGUUCACCAGAUUCUGAUACUGAAAAACAACCGAAUGAUUUGAAUUUAGAAGAAGAUAACAACAAUAAUAGUAGUGCGAAUUCACCGUUAUCUGUUUCAGAGGACAGUCAUGAUGAUUAUGAGGAGAAGGAGGUCAAUAAUGACCAUUAUUUAGUACAUGCCGAAACGAAUAAUAUAGACUCUUACAUUGACAAUGGAAUGACAGAACAUAUUGGAGAUAUACAAUUAUCAACCAACAACAAAACAUCAACACAAAGCGAUGAAAAUUGGUUUACAGAACAAAAACGAGAUUUUAAUACUCCUGCACCAAAUAAUGACGAAAAUUUCAAUGGUGGUAUUGAUCAAUUCAUUGAAACGGCUCACUCUCAAGGAUAUAAUUGUCUUGAUUUGACGAAAAAAUGUAUUAACGAAUUCCCUUCUAAAUUGCUGAAGUUUGAUACACUGGAAUAUUUAUAUCUCGAAGGUAACGAGUUAAAAACAUUACCUGAGAAUAUAUUUGUUCAACUAGUUGUAUUAAAAUGGCUUGAUUUACGUAAUAAUCAUUUACACAAUGUACCAAACAAAGGCUUAGAAAAACAUAUGGCUCUUCGAUAUUUGCUUCUUGGUGGAAACCUCAUCAAAACGUUACCGAGUGAAUUGGGCAAAGUUAAAACAUUAUCAGCCCUCAACUUAGAUGGAAAUCCACUCGAAUUUCCUCCAUUGGAUGUAAUUAAACAAGGACUGAAAGCAAUUCAAAUAUUCUUGAGGGAAGAGCAUAUACGACAAUCAAAAAUAGCUCAUCGGGAACUAGAUUCCGAUGAUGAAAACUAUGAUCAAGAACGUGACAUUAGUUUGAUAAACGACAUAUGGGCAUCGGAUGAUGAUGAUGGUAAUGGUAGAAAACAACCAAUAAAAAAACCACAACAGCUGAGUAAAUUAAAUAAUACAAAAGCCACAGAUAGUUUCGUUAGCCGUGCUAACGAAGAACAACGACUGUUCAAACUCAAACAGCGAAACAUUAAAAUUGAUGAAGAAUUGCAAAAAUCAAAAAAUUCCGAACUGUUGCAAGACUGGAAAGAAAAGUAUCGAGAAAGUCAAAAACUAGUGCGACGAAAACGUCUUAUAAAAGGAAAAGAUUAUCAAGAAUCUGUGAAAACUGCACCAUUCGGAAUUGAUCCAAACUAUCUAGAUAUAAUGAAUAAAGAUCAACAAAAAUUUGUAGAAGAUGCUGUCAAAUUUGAAAGCAAACGAAAUCGUUCACCGGAAACAGCCUAUAGAGAAGAAGAAGAGAGGCAACAACGUGAUAUACAAAUUCAAAAAAGAAUUCGUCAGAUUACCAGCAAUAUGUUACAGCGACAAAAGCAACCGAAAGGCAAUGCAUCGGAAGAAAAACGACAAGCAGAGUUAGAACUAAGAGAGAGAAGUUAUGCGGGUGAAAAACGUACAUUUCGUUUUUCUCGUGAACAAGAAGAGAUGAAACCGCCAUUUGUUCAGGAUAGGUAG